CAGCAUCUGUAACUAGUAAAAGCAGGAGUGAAACCUGGAGGAGGCGGGGUGAGGGGGAUGGGACUCUGAAUGAUAAGAAGAACAUCAGGGGAGGACGGUUCGAUAUUGUGGUAAGUGCCCGUGAAGAUGACGAUGCCACAUGUAGGCGCAGUGUUUGCUGCAAUAGCAGGAGUGAUGGCCAUCAUGUUACACUCCUCUAUUCACAAGAUAGAAGAAGGACACCUUGCUGUUUACUACAGGGGUGGAGCGCUGCUGACCACUCCAAACGGUCCUGGAUAUCACAUUAUGCUGCCUUUCAUCACCACCUUCAGAUCAGUGCAGACUACGCUCCAAACUGAUGAGAUCAAGAAUGUGCCUUGUGGAACGAGCGGUGGUGUGAUGAUCUACUUUGACAGAAUAGAAGUUGUGAACAUGCUGGUACCAUUAGCAGUCGUGGACAUUGUGAGGAACUACACAGCUGAUUAUGACAAAACUCUAAUUUUCAACAAGAUCCACCAUGAACUAAACCAGUUCUGCAGCGUGCACACUCUGCAGGAGGUCUACAUUGAGUUAUUUGACAUUAUCGAUGAGAACCUGAAGACUGCUUUACAGAAGGAUCUAAAUUGUAUGGCGCCUGGACUCACAAUACAGGCAGUCCGUGUCACCAAGCCAAAGAUCCCCGAGUCAAUCAGGAGGAACUUUGAACUCAUGGAAGCAGAGAAGACCCGCCUGUUGAUCACGGCUCAGACUCAGAAGGUGGUGGAAAAGGAAGCAGAGACUGAGAGGAAGAAGGCCAUCAUAGAGGCUCAGAAAGUCGCCCAGGUUGCAGAGAUCCAGUUCCAGCAGAAGGUGAUGGAGAAGAACACAGAGAAGAAGAUCUCUGAAAUAGAGGACGCUGCCUUCUUGGCGAGGGAGAGGGCUCGAGCUGAUGCAGAAUAUUACACUGCUGCCAAGAUUGCAGAAGCAAACGAGCUGAAGUUAACCCCGGAGUACCUGGAGCUCAUGAAGUACCAGGCUAUAGCAACUAACAGUAAGAUCUACUUUGGCCAGGAAAUUCCUAACAUGUUUGUGGAGGGAAACAACUCCCCCAAGACUUCGCGCUCUAACUUCCCCAACGAGCAACAAGACUUUCUCAAAAACAAACCAAAGGGCCAGUGAGUCCUCGGCUCUGCCUCUGCACGGGACAGGAGAACCUGCUGAGAACUCGUCUUGUCUGAGAGGUGGAGAGCACUGAACUGAAGAUGUCGGGGUGGGAAGGCUUUGCAGCUAGUGUGCUGAACACACUUCGGUCUUAAAUCCAAAUGGCACAGAAGGAGUGUGGAAGCUUAUGGACAAGCAGAAGUGAGUGUUAGGAAUGAUGCCAUAGUUAAAAAUCAAAGCAUAAUUCAUGCUUAUGCCUGGGAAGGCGACAGCAAGUAGUCGCCCUAAUUUUACACGUGCUUGCAAUCAGUGCAGUGUUUAACUUUGCUGUUGGAGCUGCAUUAAUUUUGUUUGUUGUAUGCAAGAGGAGUGAUUUGUCCUGAUGUUUGAGAAUUACUUUCUGGUUUAUUUGAACUGGAAUCUGGAUAGGUGACACUAAUUAAAGGCGUGAUGGUUUCUGUCCGGUGUGUGAUGUAGUUAGGUCGUCUCCGUGCCAUCUUCUCUCACACUAAUUCGCUGGUUGGCUCUUCUCUCUUGAAGCGAGUCACAUGAGGGCUGUUUGGCUGCACCUUUAUUGAACAUGCUGCUUGUGGAUGAUAAAGUCAUGACAGGUCAUAUAAGGCAGAUUAAGCAUUACAUGUGUUUCUUUCAGUGGGCUGAAAUCAUCCAGACGUAAAGACUUAGCUGUGAAAGAUUUUUUUAAAUAUCUCUCUUGAAAUAAGUGGCCUAACUUUGUGAGAUUGUCACCAGAGCCUGCAUUAAGUCGGAUCCUCAUCUACAGAUACUCAAGUCUUUGCAGCUGCAGGGCUGUCAGUUUGUUCAGUUUCUAUAGUUAUUAUGCAGUGGUGUCAGUUUGGUGGUUUUCUUGUAAGUUAUCUGUUUGCUUGGUGAUAAUUUGCGCUUGCUAAUUAGGCGUUUAGCCACCACUGAAAGACUUGAGAUGCUGUUCAAAUAAAAUCUCUUAUCCCUCUUUAAGGUUGAUUCAAAAAAAAAAAAGAGAAAAAAAAGUGAUUUACAAGGGAGCGCUUAAUUAUUGUGCCACUGGAGGAAGUCCUGGUUUGUCUUCCUUUCAGAGAACUCUUCUUCUUCUUCUUCCAUCUGAUUUUGAUUAUCAGGGCCAUGCAUGUGUACGUUUGUGGUGGCUCGAUCCAUGAGUAGUGCCUGCGAAUGUCUGCCAACUCUGUUUUCAUACAGCUUUUUUUUUUUUAGGUUAAAUGUAAAUUCUCAGGAAAGUGACUUUUAUUUUAGUGAAACAGCUGCUCAUACUUGGACAGAGCACAUAGUCUUGAAUAGUUAAAAUCCACAAUGUGCAAGAAUAAAUAUUGGUAUAAAGAUCCUGUGCGGUGAAAUCCAUCGGGGUGAAAGUCAAGUUGUGGAAGCGGACGAUGCUUUCUCUCUGAGUGAGACUGUGAUUCAGUUUCAAAUAAAAGUCCAGUUGUCUUAAAAAAAAACACCACCUUCAAAAAGAAUCAGAGCACUUGUCCCCUCAUGGUGACAUUUUUAUUGCACCAUCUGUUUACAGCAGGCGUCCAGGAUCGUGAAGAGGUUGGUCCGUCAAAGUAGAAAUAAUCUAAGCAAAAGCUCCUUUCCACUGUCGAUGUUUACACUUCAAGAAUUAAUGGCCUGUAGAGUUUUUCAUCUUUGCUAAACACGAUCAUUUUAAGGAUGUAAAAGGAAACACAAGCACCACACGGCUCCUAAUUAAACUUAAUGUUGUUGAACUUAAGUUCAGUUUUUGUGUGCCGACAUGAGAAGCUAACUCUGAUAUAUUUAAAGUUGAAUGUUGAUUAAAAACUUAAAAAAAGAUGCAAGUAGGUGCUAGUUUUGAAUCUUUGUGUUAACGCUUUUGAUUUUGUUCAGCUCUGUUUCGAGAAACACUGAAAUACUUCCACUAUUGAGAAUUCAAGCCUUAAAUGAUAAACUUACAGAUAUGUUGAUGGUUAAACUUUUAAAAGCUCCACUGAAACCUAACUGUGAGACUUCUUUAGAGCUUGUAUGACUGUAGACUGCGGCCUCAUCGUAGGCUCUACCUGAGAAAGACAGAACUAUCAGAGGAUAAUACUAGUUAUGGAAGAUGUCGCUGUUUACUUGACCUCUGAAUGGCUGCACUCUGCGUUUGCUUCGGUGGUGGGUUCACAUAAAGAUGCAACAGAGGGGCAUGAAUCACUCAAAACAAUGAUUUUUUUUUCUGUCAAUAUUUUGUAAAAUCUGUGAAAUUCAAACAUUGUCUCCUUGUUUUAAAAAAUUUAUAUGCAAAAGAAAGAUGUUUUGAAGUUUUGACAAUGUUCUUAUGUAAAAUAAAACCUAUUUUGGUACCUCU